AUGAGUUCACUUGCUAUUAAAUUGCUCCUUCUUCUCUUUCUCUGGUAUUCUCUCAUUUGUCUCUCUUUCGGUGUUCCUAGUGGUUAUUCCAUUCUGAACCAAGAUCUUGAGAAAUUCAAUUCUGAAAAAGAAAUCUUCCACCCGUUCCAAAUGUGGAAGGAGGAGACCGAACGAGAAUACAAAACCCUGGAAGAGGAGGUGAUGAGAUUUCAGGUUUUCAAAAGAAAUUUGCAAAGUAUCAAAGAGGAAAAUGCAAAAAGAAAGUCACCCUAUGAGUAUCGUCUAGGGUUGAACAAAUUUUCAGAUAUGAGCUACGAAGAGUUCAGAAAAAUCUACUUACAUGAGAUAGAGGAACUCAUAAUGGGAAGCCACAACAGCAAAAUGGUAUUGAAUGAUGCAGCCUGUCCAAAUGCACCUUCUUCUUGGGAUUGGAGGACCAAAGGAGCUGUAACUUAUGUCAAAGACCAAGGCAAAUGUGGUAGUUGUUGGGCAUUCUCUGCAACUGGAGCCAUAGAAGGAAUAAAUAAAAUAGUUAAGCAAUGGCUUCCAGUUCUUUUUGAACAACAACUCAUAUCUUGUGAUAAGAAUGACAAAGGCUGUGAUGGAGGAUGGUACAGUAAUGCAUUUCAAUACGUCAUCAACAAUCGUGGUAUAGCGUCAGAAGGGGAUUAUCCAUAUAAAGCUAAAGAUAGUGCUUGCUUUUCACACUGGAACAAAAGAAAUUUGCUACUAUUGAUAGCUAUAAUUAUUGGUUUCACACGUCUGUAUCUGAAAGGAAUCUUUAACGGGAACGAUUGCUCACGCAUUGGUUCCUGUAAACACAAUCAUGCUGUAUUAAUCGUAGGAUACGGUUCAACCAGUGAUGAUCAAGACCAUUGGAUUGUCAAGAACUCAUGGGGACCCUCUUGGGGACAACGUGGCUACAUCUUCAUCAAAAGAAACAGUGGUGCUGCUCACGGAGUAUGUAACAUAAAUUGUUCUGGUGCAUACCCGAUCAAAGGGAAUAAAGAAACACCAGUUUUGAAGCUUGCUGCUUCUAUAUGA